CUUUCAGCGUUUAGGGCUAGGGUUUACAGAUCACUCUCCUGAUCUCGGACGCCCUUAUCCACAGUAGGGCUUAAACUAUUCAGCUUAGGGUUAGGGUUUCUUCUUCUUAUCCUUCUUCUUACACCAUGAUGCAGCCGGCUCCAGGCGUUGUCCCACCUUCGAUGCAACCGGCACCUAUGGAUCAGCAGCAGCCGCCGCAGUACCAGCAGCCCCCGCCACAGCAGCAGUGGAUGAUGAUGCCGCCUCCGCAGCAGCAGCAACAGACGCAGCCCCCGCCGGCUUGGGCGCAACAGGCGCCAGUUCCGCCGCCCCAGGCCCAGCCCCAGAUGGCGCCGCCACCCCAGCAGCAGCAGUAUGUGGCCGCGCCGCAGGCGAGCAAUCCCGAAGAGAUUCGGUCGCUGUGGAUCGGAGAUUUGCAGCCGUGGAUGGAAGAGAACUAUCUGUGGGGAUGUUUCUCUCAGGCCGGAGAGGUGGUUUCAGUGAAGGUUAUCCGAAAUAAGCAAACUGGCCAAUGUGAGGGCUAUGGCUUUAUUGAAUUGGCUACUCGUGCUGCAGCCGAAAGGAUUCUGCAGACUUACAAUGGCACAUUGAUGCCAAAUUCUGAACAGAACUUCCGACUGAACUGGGCCACUCUUGGUGCUGGUGAGAGACGUGCAGAUGACACUCCUGACUAUACUAUCUUUGUUGGAGAUUUGGCUUCUGAUGUGACAGAUUACGUGUUACAAGAAACAUUCAGAGGCCACUAUCCAUCGGUUAAGGGUGCAAAGGUGGUCACUGAUAGGACCACUGGGCGUUCUAAGGGUUAUGGGUUUGUGAGGUUUGGAGAUGAAGGUGAACAACUGCGUGCAAUGAAUGAAAUGAAUGGAAUGUUCUGUUCAACCAGACCCAUGCGAAUUGGCCCUGCUGCUACCAAGAAACCUGUUGGUGGCCAGCAAUUCCAGAAAGCUUCUUUUCAGAAUACUCAAGGAAAUCAGGGUGAGAGUGAUCCAAAUAACACAACAAUAUUUGUUGGUGGUUUGGACUCCAAUGUUACUGAUGACUAUUUGAGACAAGUGUUUAGCCAAUAUGGUGAAUUGGUUCAUGUGAAAAUACCAGUAGGCAAGCGCUGUGGGUUUGUUCAAUUCGCUAAUAGAGCUUGUGCUGAGCAAGCUUUAGCUGGGUUAAAUGGUACUCAAUUAGGAGCACAGAGUAUUCGUCUUUCAUGGGGGCGUAGUCCUUCGAACAAACAGGCCCAGCCAGAUCAGGCCCAGUGGAAUGGUGGAUAUUAUGGAUAUGCUCAAGGAUAUGAGGCAUAUGGGUAUGCGCCACCUCCUCAAGACCCUAACAUGUACUAUGGAGCCUAUCCUGGAUAUGGAAAUUACCAGCAGCCACAGCAAUGAUCUGUUGCUGAUGAAGCAGAGAGGUCUUGAUGGCUGGGUUUAAUGGGUUCCACUCUUUGGUGGGGUAGUGGCUUUGUUCGGAUGUUGAAACUGGGUGUAAUAUGAUGGUGAUCGGUUCUGGGAUCAGCUUUGCUUAGACAUUACACAUUGUUUUGUUUUAGCUCCUCUUUCAUUCGUCUCUCUUUUGUUCUUUGUGGAAACUAAUGAGUGGGCUGGAGGCUAUUUUAAGGUCAUGAAUGCACUUGGCAGACAAAAUAUGGUUUACAUUUAUAUACAUAUAUAAUAUGAACUCUUCAGUUGCUGCCAUUUAGAAAUUAUAACAGCUACCGUUUACGAUAAA